AUGUCGACAGCAGUUCCUCAAGUACCUCCUCGUCCUACGCGGGCCCAGAACCAAUCCUCGGGCAGCUCCAGUUCUCUUGGCAGUGACAUCCCCAAGAUCCCACCUCGUCCUGCCAACCGUCGUCUUGACCGUUCGGCUUCGCCAUCGAGAGAGAGCUUUGCUCGAUCUCCUCUGAACGAAACUCCAUUUCUGGGACAUAAUGGCAACCUUCCCAAAUCUUCCUUAGGCGGAAACCUCCGCAACGAUGCUGGCGAUGACUCUGGAGCGGAUCUGCCAUCCCGCCCCUCGAGCGUUGCCCUGCCUUCGAUUGGGCAGGAAGGAAAUGAAUAUGCGGAGGUAUUCGACGCUUCGAGAGAGCUUGGCACAUCAAGUACACAAACUCGAAAUAUAGCCAAUGACCUGAAGCUUCAUGCCCCAAAGCCAUCUCUGCCAACUUCAAGCGCUACGCAGAGGGUCUCACAGGUUACUCGUACCGACUCCGAGAAAGCAGCUUCUUUCGGCAUCGGAAAGGCUGGCAGUGACGACAAGGAUCCAUCUUCGCGUGAUUUGAAGUCAAGGACCAGCUUUGCUAGCCAAGCUUCCAAUGACACUGAACGCCCCUCAUCAAGUCUCGAGAGCGACCACGGCAUUCCAGAAAUCGGUCAACGUGUGCCCAUGUACCCCGAUGCCGGCGACGUGCAAGCUCCUUCGCCGGCUCCAUUCGCGGCUCCCUAUGCACCAGGCAUUGGAUUCCAUAACGACGGCUCGAAACCGAGACACCACGCCCGCAAAACCAGUGCUCGUGAGCACGAUAUGCCACUAGAAGCUUAUGGCAGACAUGGGCAUCAGGUCCUUCCUCACGAUCGUUUCGAGAGAGCAUACUACGAGAAACACCCAGAACUUUUUAAGAAGGAACUUGGUCAAUAUGGAGAAGGGAAGCCGGAGUGGGCUAUGAGCAGUGAUGAUUUGAACAAAAUCGUUCGGGAUACAGCUAGUAGGGGUUCUGGACUUGGGACAUCCGCAGCAAUCGGAACGCCAAAUGAACAAGUCGGCCACCAAGCAGCUGAGGAAUACACCUCCCGUAUGUCUUCUCCUCGCCCACAGUCAUCGGGACUUCAACUUGCCCAUUCGAAUACGUCUCAGACGCAUGUUGAUUCACCUCUGAGAAAGACAUCAUUUCCUACAGACAUCCAGGGCAAGACGGAGUUUGAGGGCACACUCUCUCGAAGCCUCCACGCACCUUCAGAUACUGCUCUUGAGAGUGAGCUUGACGACGACGAUGUGAUUCACGUAGAUACUGCACGCCGUACUAGCCAUAUCUACGGGGGCGGAUCUGUUCCCCAGUCAACCGAGGAACUUGGAACCCCCGGUGAGCCAGAUGAAGAAGACGCUGGUUAUGAUGAAGGAUAUAGUGCUCCUAUCUUGGCCUCUGAUGAAGUUGCAAAGGAACCCUUUGGCUAUGAGCUUCAACCUGCUGUUUCUCCCCUUCUCGAGCGCAAAAACAGCCAGGAUUAUAGCUUUUACCAGCAAAAGUCCGCUAGUCAAACAAGUUUGUCUGGAAGCAGGCCCUCAAGCCGACCUGGAAGCAUUCAUGGAACCAUCCCUGGCCUUCAGUUUCCUUCUUCUACGAAAUUGGAGGAUUUGGAGGAGUACGAGCCACUGUUUCCAGAGGAUGAGAAGAAUGCCGGCAUAAAAAAGCCAUUGACAGCCGCAGAUAGAUUAAAGCGACCUGAACUCAUGAACCGUAAAUUUCCCAGUCAGGAUAUCUGGGAGGAUACCCCAAAUAGCUUGCAAUAUACCGCUACCGUUUCGACGCCGCAAUUACCAGAAGAAGGCGAGACCACCGAGGCCAAAGAAUCCAAGGAGACUCCCGAGCAAGCAUUUGCGAGACGACAAGAGGAGCUUGCAGAGAGCGAAUCCAGUGGAGCAGAAAGUUUUUUACAUCAGGAGAAGAAAAGCCCGUGGUCAAGCAAGGCUCACCUCAAUCUCGAUACAAGACCAGGAGGCAUGAAGCAAAGAUUCCCUAGUCGAGAUAUCUGGGAGGAUACUCCUGACAGUUUACAACUACAAACAACUGUAGCCGGACCGCAAUCACCUGAAAAGGAAGUCCUCGCGACCCCCGACGAGCGUCCUACAACUGGCGCAGUGGCAUAUCAUCAAGAAAAAGCUGCCGCCGGCCUUCCACUUGGACGUGAAGAAGGCCGUGCUACCACAGGCAUCGGAGCUCUUAUGAAACCAUCAAUCCCAGCCCGCCCAGUCAAGUCGAAAUUGUCACAUUCGUCAGACAGUGCUAGUGAUGCACAGCCUACCGUUCUAGAACGCCCAUCUAGAAAGUCAGCAUCGGCGGAUACCGCCACACCUCCAGUACCAACCAAAACAAAACCCCAAGUGCCUGCACGACCUUCAAAGCCCAUAUCGCGUGAUUCGGGAGAAAAUGUUCCCCUAUCCCAAGUACUGUCAAAUUCAUCGGCAAAAUCUGUCGGAUCGGAUCAAGGUGCUGCCGCUGCAGCCAAGCCAAAACCACCAGUUCCUGCGAGACCCGUUGGGAGUAAAAUUGCGGCUCUCCAAGGUGGCUUCAUGGCGGACUUAAAUAAACGUCUACAACUUGGUGCCCAGCCCCCGAAGAAAGAAGACGUUGUGGCGGAAGAACCUGAAGAGGUCAAGGAGAAGGCGCCAUUAGCUGAUGCUCGAAAAGGUAGAGCACGCGGUCCAGCACGAAGGGCACCGGCUAAGAGCCCAGCUCCAGUCAGCGACGCCACAGAGAAAUCUACCGUUCUGGGCUUUUCCUUGCCUCAGACUGUGUGGCACAUUGAUCCGGAAGAGGACUUAGUACACAUUGAUGCUCCGAAGGAAGCAGCAACGGCGCCGAUUGCCACAAAAGCUACGCAGUCGGAAACCCCAAAACUUGCAACCAACAUUUCAGGUCAGGAGUUACAUGACAUUCCUGGUGCUAAGCAUAUCCCGGCACCGAUGACAGACUCUUCAGCGAUCGAAUCCGCACAGGCUGGAACGGUUGAGGAAGCAAAGGAAGCUACGAUUCCAACUAUGAUAAGUGAUAAUGGGCACGAGCUUGAGCCGAAACCAAGCGAGGAACCAACAGCUGAGACUACGCUCGAGUCAGCCGAAGAAAAUGAUCUCUCUGAUUCGACUGCCACUUUGAAGGCCGAUACCGAAUCAGAGACUAUAGAGUAG